CUGACCUAUUGUUGUUUAUGUUCUUAAUGCAGAAAAAGGAACCAGUUGGAGAUGAUGACUCUCUACCAGAAGAAGCCCAAUACGUUGAGUCCCUAACAGCUGAAACACUAUCGCCCCUGACGGUAACCCAGAUCAAAAAGGUGCGUUUGUUAGUGGACGAGGCAGUAGAGAAAGCUGAUAUCCAGAGAAUAAAGCUGGAGGCGGAGCGCUUCGAUUACCUGAGGGAGAUCGGAAACCUCCUGCACCCGACUGUGCCCAUCAGCAACGAUGAGGAUGCAGACAACAAGGUGGAGCGUACCUGGGGCGACUCCAGCGUGCAGAAGAAGUACUCCCACGUGGACCUGGUGGUCAUGAUCGAUGGCUUCGACGGAGAGAGGGGGGCUGUGGUGGCUGGGAGCAGAGGUUACUUCCUGAAGGGCCCACUGGUGUUCCUGGAGCAGGCUCUCAUCAACUACGGCUUGAGGCUCCUCCACAGCAAGGAGUACACCCCGCUCUACACGCCCUUCUUCAUGAGGAAAGAGGUCAUGCAGGAAGUGGCGCAGCUCAGCCAGUUUGAUGAUGAGCUCUACAAGGUCGUUGGUAAGGGCAGCGAGAAGUCAGACGAUAACUCUGUGGAUGAGAAGUACCUGAUCGCCACCUCGGAGCAGCCCAUCGCCGCCUUCCUGAGGGACGAGUGGCUGAAACCCGAGGACCUGCCCAUCCGCUACGCCGGCUUCUCCACCUGCUUCAGACAGGAAGUGGGCUCCCACGGCCGAGACACGCGCGGGAUCUUCAGAGUGCACCAGUUUGAGAAGAUCGAGCAGUUUGUGUAUUCCUCCCCACAUGACAACAAAUCAUGGGAGAUGUUUGAUGAGAUGAUCGGGACCGCAGAGGAGUUCUACCAGACGCUAGGAAUUCCUUACCGCAUCGUCAACAUCGUGUCAGGUACGUCUGACACACAGCUUUCUUAA